GUUAGUCAGGGAUUGCGGCCCGGCUGAACCGGUCGCUACCGUCCACUUUACUAACCUCACAAUGAGGGCUUUAAACUUGAUCGUCGUCCUUACAGUGGCAUCAGUAUGCAAGGCCGCGGUUCCUCAGCUGCGGUUUGCAUGGAAACAAGUAGACUACGCCUGGGAAAGCCCGGCUGAUCGCGAGAAAGCUAUCCAAGAUGGCCUAUUCAUUCAGUACAAUAACCUCCCGCUUGGAUUAGCUAGGUGGAAGAACAAAGUAUUCGUCACUGUUCCAAAAUGGAAAGAUGGAGUAGCUUCUUCUUUGAACUAUGUGGACAUUGAUGGCCCGCAAGACCAGCCUCUGAAACCUUACCCGUCUUUCAAGGAUAAUCUAAUCGCAAAUGACGCAAAAUCGUUGCCAUCAAAUAGCUCCAUAGUGUCGGUGUUUAGGGUAUAUGUAGACCCAUGUGAUAGACUAUGGGUGAUGGAUACUGGAUUGGCUGAUAUUUUUGGUGCAUCAAACCAAAUCACGGGCCCUUCGAUCGUGAUCUUUGACCUGAACACUGACCAGCUGAUACAUCGUUACAACCUUAAACUGGCAGACAUGAAAGAAGAUACGUUCUUUGCCAAUAUUGUGGUAGAUGUUGACAAAGACAGUUGUGAUAACGCAUUCGCAUAUAUCCCUGAUCUUGGCGGGUACGGCGUCGUCGUUUACAGCCUAAAACAGGAUGAUUCCUGGCGCGUGGCACAUCACUACUUCUUCUUUGACCCCCUCUCUGGCUCUUACAACGUCGGAGGGGUCAAAUUUCACUGGACGGACGGCGUUUUUGGCAUGGCAUUGUCAGAGCCCAGGGAGAAUGGUUUCAGAACUGUUUUCUUCCACGCCCUGUCAAGUACGAAAGAGUUUUGUGUAUCUAGUGAACUUCUUCGGAACUACACCAAGCUGGACAAAAACCAAGCCUUCCAUGACUUCAAGCUGUUGGGCGACCGAGGUCCAAAUUCUCAGUCAUCAGCAAGUUUCUAUGACACCAAGACAAACGUUUUGUUCUUUACACAGGUGAACCGCGACGGUGUAGGAUGCUGGAACUCAAACAAGCCCUUCACUCCGGAGAAUAACCCUCUUAUAAUUUCGGAUCCUAAACUGUUUGAGUUUACGAAUGACCUCAAGGUGGACAGUGAUAGCAUUCUGUGGAUCCUCAGCGACAAGAUGCCGCGGUUCCUCAACGCCAAGCUGGACGUAGAUGACAUCAAUUACAGAAUAUUUAGCAUUAACACGACAGAAGCCAUCGCUGGUAGCGCGUGUCAGCAAUAGAUAUAAGUUAUAGUUCCUUACAUGACCUCGUUUUGGAAGGCCAUACAAAUUUAUAAAUGGUACAAAAGAAUCCUUUUUUGUAAUGAAUAUUAUCGCUGAAAUAUUAUGGUGAUACCGAAGAGUUAAAGUUAUACAAACAAUUUUACGUUUUUACAUGACAGAUGUAACAAUUUGUUUAUCAGAAAACGUUUACGUCAAAAGUAGGUAUUAAAAUUGUGAGCCAUGUUACACAAUUUUUGCAAAGUUCUUUACAAUGAUAUAAAGGUAACAUUUAUAUCAUAUUUUUUUUGUAUUAAUGUACUUCUGUAUAUAAGAAAAUGCGAUAACUACUUAGAUACAAUCGCUUUCUGUUCCACUUUCAAGUGAAAUAUCAAUGAAAU